AGUCGUUGAGCCCGAAACGUUCCACAUUGCCUGGCGACCUUCCUGCGACACCCGACUUACAAUUUUUUAGUUUUUUCUCGGCUUCCUGAGCUGCUGCACCUCUCUGCGGUCCUGCUUCAUGCGCUCAUCAUCCCUCUCUACCGAGUCGUCGUCGCUGUCUACAAACGAAGAUGAAGGGAAUCCGAAACCCACCGGCGCCAUCAAGCACUGUUCCUCUCUCUCCGACCUCUAAGGGCACUGCAAAAUAUACAAACAAGGACGGGUCCAAGUUUAUCACAGUUCCCAAAAUGAACACGCCUGUCACUUCCGCCCAACCCUCCCCGACCACCGCGCCCUCUUCCGCUGUCAAUACCGCAGCGCAAGCAGCCGCCGGGACUGAACCUGCUCCGCCCGUAAACCGAAAGAAGCAGAAGAGGCGCGCGAAGGCGGCGGCCAAGGCAGCUGCGGAACAAGCUCAGAAGAACUCGGCCACCAACGGUCUCCCUAGCCCGCCUCGCACAAACGAUCAGCAAUCAGCCGACGCCGAACCCGAGGACGAUGACGAGGAGCCAAGCGCCAAGCAUGAUUCACAGGACCAGACACCGUACCAGAACGGAGUUGCGCAAAAACCCGCUUCAGGGAAGUCAAAAAAAUCCAAAAAGAAAAAGAAGAAGAAUGCAACAGGGCAGGCCCAUGAAGGUUCGAACGACAACGGGCAACGGCAGAACGCUCAAAACCACACCCAACCGUCCUCGCAAAAUGACCGCCGAAGCAUGUCGAAGGAAAAGAUAUGGAACACAAAUUCGCAAGAGGAGCGCGAGCGAAUCAAGGAGUUCUGGUUGGGGCUCAGUGAAAGUGAGCGCAAGUCUCUGGUCAAGGUUGAAAAGGACGCCGUCUUGAAGAAGAUGAAAGAGCAGCAGAAGCACACGUGCAGCUGUACGGUCUGCGGGCGGAAGCGCACGGCCAUCGAGGAGGAACUGGAGGGUCUUUAUGACGCCUAUUAUGAAGAGCUGGAGCAGUAUGCCAACCACCCCAACCAAGGCGAAGGGCCUCCGAUGCUGCGUCCCCGCAGGUCGUUUGGCUCGAUGGGAGGCAUGCGACCCCGCGGUCUCCACUCGCGAUAUUCAAAUCACCAACCGUCUCGCGGUCGCAUCAUGGACGAUGCGGGGGAUGAAGAGGAGGAGGAAGCCGAGGCAGAGGACGAUGGCGAAGGGGAGGAAGGAGAGGGAGUCUACAGCGAGGAGGAGCUGGAAGACGACAUGUACAGCGAAGAUGAGCAAGAGCCCUCUGAAGAACUGCACCGAUCCGACUACGCUGCCGAUUUCUUCAACUUCGGGAAUAGCCUGACUGUGCAGGGUAGGGACAGACUCCCCAUUCUUCCAUCAUUCCUACAGAGUUAUUAUCCCUUCUCGGGGACUGGCAAUGACGCUUAUGGCUCAUCUUCUCUAGGCGGCAUCUUGACGGUGGCCGACGACCUGCUCAAGAAUGACGGGAAAAAAUUCAUCGAGAUGAUGGAGCAGCUCGCGGAGCGCCGCAUGGCCCGCGAAGAGGAUGCAAGGGGGCAGUUCGAACGGGGAUACGACCAUGCAAAUGGCGACCGCUAUGGGCACGGUCACCCGCCCCCACCUGAUGAGGAGGAAUUUGAGGAUGAAGAGGAAGAAUAUGAAGAGGAUGAUGAGGAAGAAUACGACAGUCAAGAUGAAGAGGACACUAUGACAGAGGAGCAGCGCAUGGAGGAAGGCAGGCGGAUGUUCCAAAUCUUCGCCGCUAGGAUGUUCGAACAAAGGGUUCUGACAGCCUACCGGGAAAAGGUUGCCAAAGAACGUCAGGCGAAGCUACUAGAGGAGAUCGAGGCGGAAAAUCAACAGGAUGCGCAGCGAAAGGCGAAGAAGGCUAAGGAGGCGCAAAAACGAAAAGACAGGGCAGCCAGGAAGAGAGAGGCCCAGGCCGAAGAACGUGCUCGUAAAGAAGCUGAAAGAGCUGCCGAAGAAGCAGCACGCCGAGCCGAGGAGGCCCGCAAAGCCGAGGAACAACGAGCCAAAGCCGAAGAAAAGCGGAAGAAGAAGGAGGCUCAGAGGAAGGCAGAGGAGGAGGAGCGCCAGCGAAAGGAAGCGGAGCGCCUACGCAAAAUACACGAGCGAGAAGAAAACGAGCGCAAGGCUCGUGAGGCCAAGGAACGGGAAAAGAAAGCUCGCGAGGAGGCGCGCCUGAAAGAGAAAGAAGCCCGCGAGCAAAAGGAGCGGAAAGAACGUGAGAGGAAAGAACGGCAGGAGCGUGAGCGACGGGAAAAGGAGGCCAAGGAAGCUAUGGAAGCUAAGGAGGCCAAGGAGGCCAAGGAGGUCAAGGAGGCCAAGGAGGGGAAGGAUACCAAAGAAAAGCGGAAAAAGGAUGAGAAGACGGCGCAAAAGCCCGCAGUCCCCGCGGCCGCCGUUCCAGUCCCUGCCACCUUUCCAAAGCGGUCCGCCGCCCAACAACCUCCCGCAGCCCCUGCAGCCGCGGUGCCGGUGCUCCCGCAGCAGCCAGCAGCUUACGCUUCGCCGCAAGUCCCGGUAGCCACACCCGCACUUCCAAAAGCCCCAACGCCCAUGCGUGCACGUCAGACAUCUCAACAAGGUGCCCCUCCGGCUUCAUCAGGAACUGCCUCAAAUUCGGGGUCUAUGGCCAGCCAGAACCCAUCCCCUCACCCGGUCACGCCAGUACAAGCGAGCCCCGGGCCGAUAGCGCCUCCAAGCAAGUCUGGAGCCCCAGGAACUUGUUCGCAAAACAGCGUUCAGCCGCCAUCGCACUCUGCGUCUCCGAUGAGCUUCCCCGCAAAGCUACCGCCUCCUCAGCACGGCCCUUUCGGCGUCCCUCCCAUGGGUGCUGCAAUGUCUUAUCCGCCAGGCUUGCCUCAGGCUCCUCCUGGGUUCGCUAGCCCCAUCCAUCGCGAUCCCUUGUUUCCUCCAAUGCCUGGGUUCAGACCGGCGCCGGGGAUGAUGCCCAUGCCACCUGGACUCGGCGGGCCGGGCGGAAACCGAGGGUUUCCCUUGCCCCCUCCUCCAGGUUUCCACGGCCCAAUGGACUCUCCAGUGCCGAGCAUGGCCCAAGUAAUGGCUCCCGGCCUGCCAAAGGAUAGCCCGUCCCCUCAUUCACGCCAUGGUUCAGGGAGCUUUGAUGCCAGCGCAUCACAGCCCAUCAGCCGACCUACCCCAAUAGGGAGGCCAGCCAGUGUGGUGCAAAGUCAAAGACCUUCAAGCGGGUCACCUUCGGCUGGACUAUCAAAGCCAGAACCAGAGGCGCAUUUAGGAAGCCGUGCCCUUCUAGACGACCUGGAUGAUGGCCCUCAGGACUUCCCCGGACGUCUCUCCCGGGGUGGCUCAGCGCCGGCGCCCCGCCCAGCGCCAGGGUUUCCAAUCGCUCCUUUCGGGAUGGAUCCCAUGUUUUCGCAUAACCCAUGGGGGCCUCCUGGUCCGGUACCUCCCAACCCCUUUGGCCCGCCGCCGCCUCCCGGAUUCGGCCCUAAUCCGCUGAGCGUCCAUGGCCCGAUGAGCAUGCCCUGGGGCCACCCAAUGCCCUCAGCAGCAACUUUUGGAGGACAGGGCGUCGUCGACCGGCCUAUCGAGCCGAGGUCGGUAGCCGUGCGGAAGAUGCUCCGCCGUGCCUGCGAGGAGCUUGCAAACGCCGAGAGCGGGAGCACUGAGGGCCACUCCGAACCGAAAGACGCCUUCAUCCCACUAGAGAAGAUCAAGGCGCAGGUUGAGUUGUUCACCCACGGGUAUGCUAUUGACGAGAAGGAAUUGCUCGACAUUUGCGAGACCGAAGGCAACGAGGUCAAUGGUGGCGGCAGCUUCGAUGUUCGCGACGAUGACCAAGGUGGCAAAUUAAUCAGGUUCGUUUUGGGCGACGAGAGGCCGACGCCGCAGCCCGUCCAGCUAGCGGUUGGCUACCACCCUGGAAGCCCGGCUAGCGGUAACGGAGGAAAUCAGGCCGGCGGCAAAGCCUAGAAGUGGUCGUCGGCCACAGUGCUCGCGCAGUUCUGGGACAGUGCUCAUAGCAAUAUGAGGGAAGCAAGCGGGUCCAAUACCCCUUCCUCGUCGGUUAACCCAAAGCAUCCGAUCGAUGCUCGUGGACCGAGAAUUCUGAAUGGCUGGAACUUCCCAUCUAAUGAGGGUGGUACAAAAGAGCCCAAAAAAAAAUUUGAAGACCAUGACCUUGCCGUGCCAUGGUACUUCUUCGCGGAAUAGCUGAUAGGGAAUUCACCGGAGAGUGUGUUGUAAGUAGUCUUUGAUCAGCGAAGGAAAGCGAUUAAAUGAGUGCAGCAUUGCUGCC